AUGGAGAAGAAGGAUCUGCUCGGCGUCCGGACGAAGCCGGCGGCAGGGAAGCGGCGGCGCAAGGUGGCAGCUGGCCUGGGACUCGCCAAGGCGAUCGCGGAGUACCUCGCGUCCGACUCCUAUAUGUACGCGCCGCUGGUCUCAGAACCACAGGAGCCGGCGCCGCCGCAGCCCGCGGCAGCGCCUGCGACAAGUACACCUGCUUCUGCAGAGAAAGGAGUAGCUCUGGUGCAAAAAUACAGAGGCUCUUGGCGUGGUACAUUUGCUGCCUGCUAG